AUGAAACACCUGGAAGCGCCCGCUGGGUACUGGCGCCCGCCAUUCAACCACACCGUGUAUCUGGAGACCAACACGUUCCUCGCAGACAUCAACAACGAGCGGGAGCAGAAGAACGCGACAUACCGCCGCAAUAUGGUGCAGCUCAACACCCUCGCCCUGUCCAUGGCCACCAAGGACUCUGUCGUCAUUCCGCAGUCCAGCCCGCUGUUCUCCUUCUUCGCCAAUAACUCCGACAGCGAUGUUGUGCCGUGGAACGAGACCAAGGGCUAUGAGGAGGACUGGGUGGGCCUGCGUACGCUACACGAGAGUGGGCGCCUCAUCACGGCCGCGCUGCCAUGCACCCAUAUGGGCCUGAAGGAGCCCGCCUGCAAGCCGUACUCCUAUGACGGCUUUGCUCGUCCGCUGCUCAACAACACCCUGCCGCGCGCUGUGCCGCAGCCGCAGUGGCAGUCGUAG